AGAGAAUGACCGGUAUAAGAUGCACACCCGUUCCCCACGUGACCUCAGUCCCAUUUGGGAAGCUAGCUAGUUCAGAUAUCGUUGUUGCAUUCCAUUCCCGUUAUCGCCAUGGGUGCAACUGUGGUUGGUGUUUUGUGGAUCGUUUUUGGGAUAUUCUCCGGUGUGUGUCGAGCCGAUUUCGGUAUCGCCGUUACCAUUCCCAAUCUUCGAGAAAGCGUUACCAAUGCCAUCGGAACGGGAUUGGCGCGAUUGCUGGAGGUUAAUUCAACUAUUACCGUGGACAUCGAUUCGGAUAUGACUGGGAGUCUGGAUGCGGUGGUUGCUAUUACGAACAGUAUCAACUCGAGUGUGUCCAAAAUCUACGACGUAACACAGGAAGCAGUUGCCAACAGAAAUACGAAUUCGGUGAUGCUGUUUUCCGGGCUAUUUGGAAAUAUUACAGCGGCAACGUUGGAUCUCGUGAGUGCAGCAACAGUGGCACAUGCUUUCCAAACGACGGUCAACUCCGAAACUUACAAUGCUAUUCUCGGAAACGUUACAAUCAUUCAGGAAGAAGCUUGUGGAUUGAUUCUGGUGCUAUCCGAAAUUGCAAUAGCGAUAGACAAUGUUCAACUUUCAACGGUGCCAGUCACUAGCGAAAACGUUUCAGAAAUUGUCAAACCAUGUAUAGUGUCACAUCUUGUGAGGCCUCUGCGGAAUAUAACAGCAGCCGUAGAUAAUCUGGCAAAUAUGUUUUCAAACAUUAUUAGAGAAAAAUCAGCAAUCAUCGAGCAGGUGAGAAGUCUCGAUUCGUCAUCGAAGGUUGCGUUCCAAUCUCUGUCACGGCAGGCUUCAUUGUACAGUUCGAGUAUAUCGAACGCCUUACAAGACACCAUAGCUAACGUGAACUCAUGGGCGUCAAGUAUCGCCGCAGCAGUUGCACCAAUCAACGAGUUGUUCGCCACUAGCUUCUCGUUCGCCCCAGACAGUGAUACCCUGCGUGACAUCACCAGCAUCUUUCUCGGCUUACAAACAAAUGUCUUGCAAAAUUUGGUCAACGAAACACGAAUAUCCGCUGGAGCCCUGUACAACGUCUCCCGGGAUAUUGUCUACGCAACGUUCACCAAUGGAAGCGAGUUUGUGGGAUCCUGCUCCUGGAAGUAUUCCUCCCAGUUGAUCCAAGCUCCGGUUCAAGUGAACCGUUUGGCGGAUUGCCUUGCUGUUGAAACCCAGACCGUACUAAGUUUCAGCCCGAUGAUGACACCAUUGCUGGAACAGCAACAGAAGGAUCUUACGUCGAUCACUUCGCAGCAGCUGUCGACCUGCACAACUUCCAGUGGAGCUUGCACCGCAGUGUACGUCGAUGCGUUCGAUAAGUUGAACUCCCAGACGCCGAUGAUGUUGGAUGUGGCCCAACGGAUCCUCCGGAAGGAAGCGGAAAUUAUGGUGGGUCGGUUCCGGACGUGCACCGAAGCAACCAGUGCCGAUAUUGUGGACAACGUGCAAACAAUACUGACUGGGUUCGAAAACUGUUUAACGGUGGGACAGUAGGUGCGAAUUCUACGAGAACAUAAUUAAAUGUACCAAUAAAGAAACCAUCAUAGUUUGAUUUGAAUGUAA